AUGCCGACAGUGAGCGCGCCUUGCGAGAUUACAAUCGUGGAUUUCUCAGACGAUAAUCUGUCCAUCAAGAGACUCGAUAACGGGACGCUGGGCCCGUUCCUCAGCCAGCCGCAACCUAGCUGGGUCAAAUGCCGCUGGAUCAAUGUCAAUGGUCUCAGCUGGGAUGUCAUCCAAGUGUUGGGCCGGCACAAGAAUCUUCACAGGCUAGCGCUUGAGGAUAUCAUGGACACGCAAAACAGAACGAAGGCGGAGUGGUACCCCACGCAUGCCUUUCUCAUCCUUACCCUUCAAAAGCUAGUCCAUUUGUAUAACUCCGAUAGUGAGGAUUCAGACUCGGAGGAUGAUGACCAGAGCCAGAAAAGCGGGCGUAGUAGGCGAAGCACCGGUCCACGGAAGUUGCUCAGGCGGCUAAGGAGAACAUUUUGGGGCGAACGCAGUGUUGACGGGGAGAAGGAGCUGGGAGGUGAUAAGAUAUCAGAUUCUGGGGAUCUGGGGGGAUACCUCCGAUCACACCCCGCGGGGAUAUCGAAGGUCUCGAAGGAUCUUAGUCAGCUGCGCACGCUUCAGAGGUAUCGGGCAUCGCCAGAUGACCCACGGACACAGUACAUGGAGAAGAACUCCGCCCUAGCCUCCCGGAACCUCGCCGUGGCCUGUGAACAGGUAGCCAUGUUCAUCACCAACGACAACACCAUCAUCAGCUUCUUCGAGCAAUCGGCGGAAGAUGUCGAGGUGCCCAUCAUACUGCGCCUCCAGACUACCGACACCAUCAUCCGGCAGUGUUGCGAUGCUUCUAUGGUUGGCCAAGCCAUUAUAGAUGCCAUCAUCGAUCUGGCGAUCCCGGUCACGGCUUGCUACGGCGAUGUGAUCGGAGACUUGGAGCUCGAUGUUUUGAACCGACCGAACAUUGGACAUACCAAGCAGCUUUACAUCCUCAUCUCCGAGAUCAACAAGAUCCUGGGAUUCAUCAACCCCAUUACAUCGCUUAUCAAUGCCCUACGUGAGCACGAAACCGAUGUCGCACCGGAUGCGGUCAUGGCACAUCUGCUCGAUCCCACACACGGAGUUAUCAUCACGUCCUUAACCAACACCUAUCUCGGAGAUGUCCUGGACCAUUGUGUUUUGAUAACGGAGACGCUCAACCAGCUCAAGGGCUUGGCCAAUGGAAUGAUUGAUCUGAUCUUCAACACCAUCUCGGCGUAUCAAAACGAAUCCAUGAAGCAGCUCACGCUUGCCACCAUCAUCUUCCUCCCUUUGACAUUCUUGACCGGAUAUUUCGGCCAGAAUUUCAAACCGUUCACUGUCCUGGACGAAGAUAUUGGCUAUUUGUGA